AUGUCUAGUCGUGAUAAAGGUUCUUCAAAGUGUGGCAAAUCAAAGACCCGUUCAAGCAGAUCUGGACUUCAGUUCCCCGUUAGUAGACUCCAUCGUCUCCUUCGUAAAGGAAACUAUGCUGAGAGAGUAGGAGCCGGAGCACCAGCUUGCUUGGCAUCUCUCAUGGAAUAUUUGGCCGCUGAAGUUCUGGAAUUGACUGGAAAUGCCGCACGUGACAACAAGAAAUCGAGGAUCAUUCCUCGUCACUUGCAAUUGGCCAUCAGAAAUGAUGAGGAAUUGAACAAACUUCUCUCUGAUGUCACCAUCGCUCAAGGUGGAGUUCUGCCUAACAUUCAGGCUGUUCUUUUGCCCAAGAAAACUGAAAAGAAGGCUUAA